CUACGGGUCGCGGUGUGCGGCGCGGGGCGCGCCGUGCGUGCCGAGCAGGCCGCAGUGCGGGCCGGGGCCGCGGCGAUGCUGGAGGAGGCGGGCGAGGUGCUGGAGUCGGUGCUCAAGGCCUCAUGCCUCCCGCUCAGCGUCCUGCUCUUCGUGCCCGCCGUGCUCCUGCUGCUGGGGCCGCCGCCUGCCGCCGAGGCGGCGCACGAGUUCACGGUCUACCGCAUGCAGCAGUAUGAGCUGGGCGGGCAGCCCUACGGCACCAGGAGCGCCGUGCUCAACACGGAGGCGCGCACCGUGGAAGCGGACGUGCUGAGCCGCCGCUGCGUCAUGAUGAGGCUGGUGGACUUCUCCUACGAGCAGUACCAGAAGGCUCUGCGCCAGUCAGCCGGGGCUGUGGUCAUCAUCCUGCCAAAAUCCAUCUCCUCUGUCCCCCAGGAUGUGGUGAGGCAAUUCAUGGAGAUAGAGCCAGAAAUGCUUGCUAUGGAAACCAUUGUGCCAGUCUACUUUGCAGUGGAGGAUGAGGAGCUGCUGUCUAUCUAUGAACAAACACGGGCUGCUUCUGCAUCACAGGGUUCUGCCUCAGCUGCAGAAGUUCUGCUGCACACAGCAACUGCCAAUGGCUUCCAGAUGGUGACCAGUGGGGCUCAAAGCAAAGCUAUCAAUGACUGGCUCAUCCCCAGUGUGGAGGGAAGGCUGACAGGGCUGGGUGGAGAAGACCUGCCCACUGUUGUGAUAGUUGCCCACUAUGAUUCCUUUGGAGUGGCUCCAUGGCUGUCCCACGGGGCUGACUCCAAUGGCAGUGGGAUCUCGGUGCUGCUGGAACUGGCCAGGCUCUUCUCUCGGCUCUACACCUACAGGAGGACCCAUGCUGGGUAUAACUUGCUGUUCUUUGCAUCUGGAGGUGGCAAGUUUAAUUAUCAAGGAACUAAGAGGUGGCUGGAGGAUAAUUUGGACCACACUGAUUCCAGCCUGCUGCAGGACAAUGUAGCAUUUGUUCUCUGCCUUGACACCCUGGGCAGAGGCAAUAGCCUUCAUCUCCAUGUCUCAAAGCCUCCCAAGGAGGGCACCUUGCAGCAUGCAUUUCUGAGAGAACUGGAGAUGGUUGUUGCCAACCAGUUCCCAGAGGUGAAGUUCUCCAUGGUGCACAAGAAGAUCAACCUGGCAGAGGACAUGCUGGCGUGGGAGCACGAGCGCUUCGCCAUCCGGCGCCUGCCCGCCUUCACCAUCUCCCACCUGGAGAGCCACAGGGACAGCCUGCGCAACAGCAUCAUGGACAGGAGGGCACGAAUAGACACUAAAGCACUGACCAGGAAUACUCAGAUCAUUGCUGAGGCUUUGACAAGGGUCAUCUACAAUCUAACAGAAAAGGGAGCACCUGCAGAUAUGCAGAUCUUCACAGAUCAGAUGGAAAUCCAGCAGGAGCAGCUGGAGUCAGUGAUGGACUGGCUGAGCAGCCAGCCCAGGGCUGCCCAGCUGAUUGAUAAGGACAGCACCUUCCUCAACACCUUAGAAUAUUACAUGGGACGUUACCUGAAGGAUGUCAAGCAGCACCAUGUGAAGGCAGACAAACGGGACCCUGAGUUUGUUUUCUAUGACCAGCUGAAGCAGGUGAUGAAUGCAUACAGGGUCAAGCCAGCAAUCUUUGACCUGCUCCUGGCUGUCUGUAUUGCAGCCUACCUUGGUGUUGCCUAUGUUGCAGUGCAGCACUUUGGUCUCCUUUACAAGUUGAUACAGAGAUUAUCCCUUAAAACCAAGCAGCAGUGAAGCACCAAUCCCCCACCCAGCAGCACUGAGCCAUCGGUGAGCCCAUUGGGAACCUUCUGCCUUCCACUGAACCCCGCUGCUCCUUUCCCUUUGUCUCCUCUUUGCUACUGUACAGAGGGGAGGAAGGCAUAAAGAAAAUGAAAUUUUAACUCCUGUG